ACCCUCAGGAAGUGACUUCAUAAGCCGUGCAGCCUGAAUCAAAAUAACCGGUCACCCCUGCGAGGAGAAUAUCGUGUUCGUUUUGCGUGACAGAAGACGGUCACUGAGGGCCGAUCUUAUCUGUGUGCGUGCGUUUAUCUGCAGAGUCACUGGAGAAGUGACCGCUUUCUCGAUUUAAGGCGCUCUCUCUGCUCGGGACCGGGAUAUUUAGGGUCAUAUGUCGGCAGAAGGAAGCCCCUCCUGAGGGUGUAAUCCGAAGCCACUGUUACAUCGCCGCAGUCCUCGGGUUUCACACAUGUUUUGACGCACAAGGACAGCGCGGCGCUUCAUCUCGCCUUAAAAUGUCGCAAUGCCCGCGGACAAGAAACGGCUAGCGCGCGGCUCUCUUGGAAAAGUGCACCGUUCGCGCUCGCGCACGCUUCCUGGUUCGCGUGCGGAGCAGCUGCUCGACGCCGACUCUCGGGACGCGGCGCGGGGGUUUGUUUGUGCUCCUUUUCUGGACGCGUCUUCCGCCCGAUGCGUCUCCGGGACUGACCGCGCGCGGGGAGCGUCAUGUGGCGGGCGCGGUGCCAGGACAGCGGGGUCGAACCCGAGCGCGAGCGGCUCUGGGCCGAGCUCUUCGCGCAGCUGGAUCUGAACAAGGACGGGCGGAUCGACGUGAACGAGCUGCGCGUCGGACUCGCCGCGCGGGGGACGUCGUGGAGCUCGGUGGAGGAGCAGAUUGUACGAGCCGGAGAUGUUAACCACGACGGUCAGCUGGAUUUCGAGGAGUUCAUCGAGUAUCUGCGUUCACACGAGAAACGCCUUAGACUCAUGUUUCGCAGCUUGGACCGAAACAAUGACGGUGAACUGGACGUCGGGGAGAUCCAGCAGUCGCUGCACAAUCUCGGCGUGGACGUCACGCUGGAGCAGGCCGCCAAAAUCCUGCAGAGCAUGGAUAAAGACCACUCCAUGACCAUCGACUGGGCCGAGUGGCGAGAUCACUUCCUGUUUAACCCUCUGCACAACAUGGAGGAAAUCGCCCAGUACUGGAAGCACUCGGUGAUGUUGGACAUCGGAGAGCAUUUGACGGUUCCAGACGAGUUCUCGGAGAAGGAGAAGCGGUCAGGGUUCGUGUGGCGUCAGCUGAUGGCAGGAGCCGUGGCGGGGUCGGUGUCCAGGACAGGAACGGCGCCGCUCGACAGGCUCAAGGUCUUCCUGCAGGUGCACGGGCAGAGCUCUGAUAAGGGUAACGUGUGGCGCGGCCUGCGGGCGAUGGUGAAGGAGGGCGGCCUGACUGCUCUGUGGAGAGGAAACGGCAUCAACGUGCUGAAGAUCGCACCGGAGACGGCCAUCAAAUUCCUGGCCUAUGAACAGAUUAAGCGCUUGAUGAGAGGCAGCAAAGAGGGAGGAACUCUGAAAGUUCAUGAGAGAUUCGUCGCUGGAUCACUGGCUGGAGCUACGGCUCAAACUGUCAUAUACCCCAUGGAGGUGCUGAAGACCCGUCUCACUCUCCGUAAAACCGGACAGUAUUCGAGCGUGGCAGACUGCGCCAAGCAGAUCCUGCAGAAGGAGGGCGUUCGGGCGUUUUAUAAAGGAUACCUGCCCAACAUGCUGGGCAUCAUCCCGUACGCCGGCAUAGACCUCGCCGUCUACGAGACGCUGAAGAACUCCUGGCUGCAGCGGCACGCCGAGGGCUCGCCCGACCCGGGCGUCCUGGUGCUGGUGGGCUGCGGCACCGUGUCCAGCACCUGUGGACAGCUGGCGUCCUACCCGCUCGCCCUCAUCAGGACACGCAUGCAGGCGCAGGCGUCAGUGAAGGGAGCUCCUCAGCUGUCCAUGUCCACUCUCUUCAGGAACAUCCUGGCUCAGGAGGGUGUGGUGGGACUCUAUCGAGGCAUCGCUCCUAACUUCCUCAAGGUCAUCCCGGCGGUCAGCAUCUCCUACGUCGUCUACGAGCACAUGAGGAAAGUACUGGGAGUGGGAACCUGAGAGAAAAACACGGCUCUUCUGUGUGUAGAAAGAUACGGUCAAAGACUUGUUUAUUUAAGCCUGCAAUAUAUAUAUAUAUUAAAUCACUGGAGUUCACCAAAAAACAUUAGAUGUGAGAUGGAGCGAGUCCAAACACUGAAAUAUGCAGAAUCUAAGAGGUGCUGUUCUAACCCAAUCCUGAAUUACUGAGGUUCGUGAUGUGCUCUUCGUGUGUGUUGUUGGUCAACAGGGCCCUGAUAUUCAGAUAUACAGGGUACGGCCCUCUGGAUGCGGUAAAAUGAACGACUGUGUGAGCAUGUGCUGUACUGUACUGCGUGUGUGUGUGUGCCUGCGUGUGUGUGUUUAACCGAGUGCGCACUACUGAACUCCGAACGGGAAUGGACAAUAAACUAACUUGCUCCCUUUCAACUUACAGUACAAUUGAAAGUGCCUCUGCUUCGAGAAACGCGUGUGUUUUAUCUGUGGUCCAGUAAUAUGCCUCUUUUGCCGAACCCUGUGUGCUCCGAAAUCACCAUGACAACCAAUCCAGAGUUCUAGAAUCCUCCUCUGAGGAUUCCGUAACUCAGCUUGAAUAGUGCGCCCAAAAAAAUGAACGUACUCGCCUUCGGGCCAUCUGAAGCCUGGAACACACUACACUGUUUGCCCGAUUUUGCCCCAAGAUGAUGCUAGUUGAAGAAAUUUAGGGCCAGUCUGUAACUCAGAUUUUUUUUUUUUCUAUCAGACUUUGACUCCAUCCAGUCGAAAGAUUAUCAGACGUGUUUGGUAUUUUCAGCCAAAUUUACAACACAUUUGUUUUCAUUUGUCACGCAUCUCCUAGCAACAAGGCGCGUGAUUGUGUAAUGUAAUAGUGUAGUGUAUGAAGCCUAGAUUUCAUUUGUCAUCAUAAGUGUAACAUCUAAUGAGAUUUUAAAUGUUGGGCAUUUUAUUCCAGCCUUAAGACCUAAAUGGGUUUGUUUUGUAAUGGGAACAUGCGCACCUGCUCACCAGUGGGUCCUCUGCAGUGAAUGGGUGCCGUCAGAAGGAGAGUCCAUAGAAAACACAUAUCCAUCGUUAAACUUAACCAUUAAGACAUUAGAUUUAAAUAUGCACAGAAUUAGCAGCAUUGAAAUUGAAAAAAGUCCAGUUGCAGUGGAUUUUUUUAAGCUGUUUGAGCUCUCUGACGGCACCCAUUCACUGCAGAUGCAAUGCUACAUUGAUUUUUGGGUGAACUAUUCCUUUAACCGAUUAUAAAAUCCUGCACUGCGUCCCAGUUUGCACAUUAUCCACACUAAAUAGUGUUAGGUCUCAUUCAUGAAACACAUUUUUGUGUAAAUUGUUCUCUCGUGACAAUUUAUUUACACAGUGUUUAAUUGUGCUUGUGUUUCAUGAACAACGCCUUCACAAUAAUUUUUAAUUAAUUUCCCAGUGAAGCAUGCGUCCAUGCAUGUUUUUCUCCAGCUGAUGUUGUCCCCCAUCGGUGUAAGGUUUAUGACGGUUUUCUUUUUGACUGUUUCAGGUAAAGAAAAGUAUCGAGGGAUGCGAGGCAGAAGUUGCCGCUGCAGUUUUUAAGUGUUUAACAAAGGGGUUUUGAAUUUAGCUAGAUGCUAAUGCUAACAAGCAAACUGUAGAUAAGUGGAAUCGAUGCACACUUAAUGGCCCAACACUGGCAUAUCAUUUUACUACAAACUCUUACUCUGUACUUUGUAUUUUCAGUGAGCAGUGUAGGUAUCAGAAUUGGGACACAGCCCGGGAGUUUAUAUAGCUGUUAAUACAUGAGGUACUGCAGCCUGUGGUUUGGAGCAGAAAGCCUUAUGGGGGUUUGUUUUUGUGAUUCUUGACUCGUAGAACAGUAGCAUUAAGCAAAAAUACGACACUUCUAGGUCAGUGCUCUGUUUUAUCGCCGACCGAGUUGAUACAGUGUAUGCGUUACAAUAAAAUAAAGAUUCUGUGGUUUGCAUAGAAUUAGAGGAUUAUUUGUUCACAAAAUUCUACGCAAGUUCAAGACUCAAUUGGAUUUUCGUUUCUUUUAAUCUGUCCUUUAGCACUAGUAAAUGUUCACAACACAAACUUUUAGCAGCUAUAUAUGCAUUUAAAUGUUAGUCUUUAUCUUCUGGGAAAACGGACCAAAGAUAUUGAUGACAUCAUCCUGCACUCGCGGAGCGUAUCCAAUCAAGUGCUCUCAAGAACCACACCGUCUCUCCCACUUGGGAGACCGACACUGGCUAUUUAAAUAUACAGUUAUAGUUAUACAGUAGUCAGCAUGAGAAGUGGAUCGAAACCUUACAUCAAAGUUGUCUUAAAAUCUAAAAAAAACUUUGAUUCAUUUUUUGAUCCACUUCAGAUGUUGACUAAUAAUACUAAUAAUGUCAUCUGAGGGCCUGAUUCAAAGAACAGGUUUAGCAAAAGAGCUAGUUUGUCAGAUUUUAGUGAAAAUAAGUCGGACUGUGUGAAAUAAGCCCGGUUUAUUUGGUAAACUUGUUUUAUGAAACAGGCCCCUACUUUCGAUAAAAGCGAAAUAUUUGGCAUGUUUACAUGGAUUCUUUCAAAUUUGCCCACAAUUAGUGUGAAAAACACGUUUCCUUAUUUUGGUGUUAACGAAAAAUCAUGUAUGGUCAUUAUAUAUUUUAUGUACUUUUCUUUGAAAGGAAACUAAAGUCUAUUACUGAAUGCAUGUAUGAGAAUGUAAAUUAAAUUGAAUUAAAUUAAACUCUUCAGA